AGUGACAUCAGGAAGUGAAGAAACGCUCGCGUAAGCCUUAAUUUCGGCUUGUCAAUGUUUCGGUUGUGGCGCGGCACUAGGGAGAAAUUAUCAGUUUUAACCCACAGAAACAUGUCGGGAACAUCCACUCAGUGUGACGUUAAAAAUAAAAACAACAACAGGUCGAUUCACUCGGACAGCCUCGAGGAGGUCCAUAACGUCCCGACGCAGUUCAUCAUCAGACCCAUUCCUCCAGUGCUGGAUGAGCUGAAAGUUCAGAGUCUGAUGAACACGAUAAAGGAGACGGCAGACAUCAGCGUUGUUCCUCCCAUUGAUGUGCUCUGGAUCAAAGGCAGAGAGGGAGGAAAUUACUACUACUCUUUUGGAGGCUGUCACAGGUUUGCUGCAUAUCAGAGGCUGAACAUGUCGACCAUCCCAGCUAAGCUCAUCAAAUCAAACAUCUCGGACCUCCGCACUUAUUUGGGGGCUUCUACGCCUGAUCUGCUGUAAAGCUGGAGCAGCUUUUUGAGAGACUUGGCUCAGACGGCUCUCACACACGUACUGUUUUGACUCUUCUGUGCAGCAGGUGACUGCAGAGCAAAGGAUUUACCAGCAGGGGGAAAUGUAACGCUUUAGUUUAACAGGACAUUAGUCAUUUAGAACCACUGAUAUGUUAUUUAAAAGGUGUGUAAAUUUGAAUUUUUGUGAAUUACACAUUUUUUACCAAAUUGGUUCUCUGUCACUUAGUGCCUUUAACCUUCAAACACCAGUUUUACUUGAACACAAAAUGAUUGUUGCAAAUUAUGAGUUUUUUUUCACAGCAGACAUUUUGACUUGUCAUAGUAGGAAAACAUCAAAAUCUGUCUAUUGCAUUCACGUGUUGAUGUAAGCCAUGACAGUGAGCCAGCAUCCACAUUCCCAGGACCAUGAUUCUGAAGCAGCAUAAUGGAAUUUAGCCAUUAUUAAUUUAUAUUUACACUUGUGCCUUUUCCUGCUGUGACAAAAUGUCACAAAAUGAGUUCUGUGAAAAAAGGCUUAUUGAAUCCACCUGUGGUUUUCCUUUGAGUGCACCUUUUGAGCUCCUUCUACUGAGUUCUGGGGAAAAUAUUUGAAUGUUGUCACACAUUCAAGUUAUUUUAGUCUGAAAUUAUAUCAAAAGGUCCCUGUAGUCUGUUUUUUUUGUGUGAAACUAGUGUUAAUUUUAGAAAUCAAACAGCAGCAGAGCUGCUUUGUGUGCAGCAGCCGAAUACAGGGAGGAAAUGUGCAUCAUUUAAUAACUAAAACAUGCCAGUAAAAGUACUGAUAAUUAAGCAGGACCAAAUGUUGCAACAGAGGAUCAAAACUUUGUGAAAUCUCACGCACAGUCAACUUUGAUUGUGAUGUUUCAGACAGCACAAGAAUGAAAUAGAAAGGAGCCUAUAGAGCAGAUGGUUUGCAGAAGGAGUCAGGUGUUACAAGAACAUCAGCUUGACAGCGUCUUGUGUCAAAAUGCAAGAUGUUGUCAAGUCUUCCUGAGACUGCCCCUUCUUCCCGUCAUCAGUCUUUCUUACUUGUCUUCUCUGUAUCUCAUGUAACCUUGUAACCAGAUAAGACUUACAUGUGCAGCUGCCAACUGCUGUUCAGGUGUAGCUGCGUCUCCUUCUUUGUCCUCUCUGAGGGCAGACUACCGCCUAUCGAGGCAUUACUGAUAUUAAAAUACAGGACCAGCCGGGGCUAGCUGGUUAGCAUGCUCAUUUCAGUAGAUAUCUCUCCAACAUAGAGGUCUUUGACAUCACUUCUAUACCGCGUGUUGAUAAUGGCAGUUUUUUUUUAAUGUUCUGCUGUGAUAGAUAAUCUUGAAGUACACUUUUGUUGUUGUAUUGACCUUGAGACUGGCCCUGCUUAUUAAUUCAAGUCUGUUCCCUUGCCCCUCUUUGUCUUGGAGGAAGGAACUGUAGAUUUGCAGAAUAAUGUAAGUGAACCAUACAUCACAGGGCAUUGCGCAGAGACGAGGCCUUUCCGACAUCAGCGGCUUCACAAUGCGAGCUCAGAGCUGCUUGAUGGUCUCCCGUUGUGGCCAUCGAGGAAAUGAAGGCAGACCUGGGGGCAGUUUUUACCGACCGGCCCUAAAGGACUCUAAAUGUCUCCUCUGAAUCGUCGCGUGUGAGAGGACUUCCUGUGGCUCGCUCACUGUCUGGAAGUAACUAUAUCCUCAAAGGGUUUCUGACACGCAACACUGGUACGAAAAAAUAUAUUGCACCUGUUGCUUUGGGGAGCGGUUUCCAUGGGUGGUUCUGUGCACUUUAUCGUUGAGGAUUAAAACAGAUCAAGGGUUUUUAGGGGGCUAAGAAGAGGAAGUGUUUGUGGCCUUUUUUUCCACAGAUGGAUGGGGCUGUGUCAACUCCUAUAUACUUCUUUUGCAGUUUGUUGUUGUAUUGUUCUAUGGUGGCUCAACAAAUUAACUAGUGGUGACUUCUUUGUUUUUACAUGAGAUUUGGUGAUGCCUUUAUGUUGCUGGCUAUGAGGCAGGGUUUCAUUUUCUUGCUCAGUACAGUUUCUGUCCUGCAACAUCACUUCAAAACAGAAUUUUUUUCUGUACAAAAAGUUAAAACAAUUCAAAUGGCUUAUAUAUAAUGAUGAUAUCAUGGAGUUAAAAAAAACAAAACAAUACAACAAUUCAAUAAGAAUAAUAAAUCAGACAUGUUUAAAUGAGCAUUUAUUUAGCACUUUUAUUGUCUGCAUUGUCUCUGUUUGUUGUUGUAGAUUUGCACUUUUAUUAAUUAAAUGUCCACAUCUAAUUAAAAUUGUUAUUAAACUACUACUUUAAUCAACUUGCACAACUAACAUUUUUAAAUUAACAUAAAUACAAAAAGAAAUAAACAAUCAUAGUGUGGUGGCCUUCCCUGAUGUCUGCUCAGUGAAAUACAGUUUAUGACAUUAAUCAGAUCGACCUGAAAGUACUUUCAUAGCAUUUUUCCUUUUUCUUGGCAUUUUGAAGGCCCUCUGGUGGCUGUGGAGCUUCAUGCAGCAACUUGAAUUUGUGCAUUGUGAGGAUAAGAUUACUUUUAUAAUUAGAGGCCGGUGAGAGACAUGGUUAUGGAUUUAAAACAUUAAAUAGGGAUAAGGAUGGAUGGUGGGGUUUUGCCAUAUGAUGACAUUACAUGAGCAUUGUCAUUUUUUUAAAGUCUGUUUCUGAUUAGAAGAAAUUCACCUCCAUGUCUGCAACACUAAAUCCUCCACUCUUCUGGUUUAACUUGAGACCAGAGUGAAUAUAUGACAUUUUCUUUCUUUUGUUGGUACAGAGAGGACCAGUCAUUCCUCACUGGGCUGUCUGCAGGGACAUUGUUCUCACCAGUUCUUAUCACCUACAGAAACUCAUGGUCUUGUACACUUCUUUACCAUAUAGUGUCGUACACACGAAAAUGAUGAAUUGCUCUAUUAGUUUUUACAGUAACCAGGUUGAAAUGAAGGGGUGUGCUUUAAAACAGAUGGAUCUUCCAGUUGUUUAAAAUCUCUUUAAAAUUUUACAAGCCUGCUUUUUCAUUCUUCUCUUUUUAUCACAGCAGAUUUCUCUGAGGUUUAAUAAUCAUUUUAAAGGUGAUAAACAUUGAUAGAAAGUGCUUUUCCCUCUGUCCUCUAAUCACUGCUGAGUCUGUGAAGGGAUCCAGUGGUAGAAUAAAACUAUCUCAUAAGACCUUAUUAAUUUGGCUCUGGCUCUCCUGUGAAGACUGUCUACAUUUAAAAUACAGCUAAAAAAUGAUCUCUGGUUAGCCAGCUCACCCAUUUGUUCCACACAGGGAGGCAUUACAACCAAAUCCUCUUGAAAGAGUUUUAGGUGUUUGAGGCGAUCAUGACUUCUCACAGCUUCCUAUCCGGAAUUCCCUCAGACUCCUGGUGGCUGCAGGCGUGUAAUUUGUGCCAGAUUUGCAAUGCCGUAUCCGCCCUCUGACCUCACCGCUGUGAGCAGCUCUGGAGGAAGUAUUCAGAUCCUUAAGUAUUCAGUAAAAGUACAGAAACUACACUGUAAACAGUCCUGCGUUUUGUAAACGUCAUAGAAAACUUAUUGGCGUAUAAUCAUUCAAAUGCCCUUAAAUCGUAUAAAGUAAAAAUACUCAAUGCAGAAAAAUGUCCCCAGUGAAUGUUUUACUUUAAUAUAUAAUAUAGUUAGAUAAUUAUUACUCAUGCAUUGACGUUAAAGCUCUAUUUUACUGUUCUGUAUAAAACUGCAACAACUGAUUAUCAUUACGGAUGCAUCUGCUGAUUAUUUUCUCAAUUAAUCAACUGAUUGAUUGUUUGGUUUGUAGAAAUUCAGAAAAGUGAGAAAUGCCACCACAGUAGUACCUUCACACUGCAUUAUACAACUAGCAGUAAAAACCAGUAAGACUAAGUUUAGUUCAUUUAAAUUAAUUUCAGCAAAUUCUCCUAUUUGUGAACCUUAACCAUGAAAUGUUUUGCACUUUUCUAUGAAAAAUUACUCGUGGUUCUCAACUUUUUUUCCUAUGGGACAACUUCUGGGAUAACUUUACACCAACUAAAAGUAACUGUUAUCAAAAUAGUUGCAAUUUUUUUCUUCUGUCAAUCAAUUAAUUGACUAAUCCUUUCAUCUGUACUUGUACACUUGUGUAUGUUUUGUAUACAAAAAUCUUAAUUUGUUAAUUUGCAAAGCUCUAAACAAUUUGUACUAUAUUUCUGAAAUGUGUAGUGAAUAUAAGUAUAUAAAUUCACAUUAAAAGAAAAUACUCAAGUAAAGUA